UUCCAGAUUCUACUUUUUGAACGAUCCACGAACACGGCUUUUGCUCCUGGACACUGCGUCUUUCCUGGAGGAACUUUCGAGGAGGCAUCAGAUGAAUGUCAAGAAUGGAUGGAUUACUUCGAAGAGUACGGCGUAAGCUCGAAUCAAUUAGAUAGACUUAUUGUCAAAGAGCCAACUACUAAAAGAAGAAAUCCACUUUUAAGCACUGGUAAAAAUUUCUCACGUGAAAUUUCUUUGCGUAUAACUGCUUGUCGUGAAACAUUUGAGGAAGUUGGAAUUUUAUUCUUUCGGAACCAUAAAACACUUAAAAAAUUAAGUUCAACACCUACUUUUGGGGAAGAUUUUGAAGACGUCAAUUUUGAUCGAGUCCGAUGGCAGUUUGCCGUUCAUAAAGACGCGAAACAAUUUCUUAAUUUAUGCCGGAGUCUGCAUGUAGUGCCGGACCUAUGGUCCCUGUACGAAUGGUCUUUAUGGCGUUCACCAUUCACUGCGGAAAAGAGAUAUGACACCGUGUUCUACUUCGUAAGUUCUACAAAAAAGCCGGCAUUACUUCUGGAACACAGUGAAGUCAAAAGAGCUAUGUGGAAAACUGCUUCAGAAUAUUUGGAUCUUCACAAAUACCAAAAAAUAUGGUUGCCACCUCCCCAAAUGUAUGAACUUUCACGGCUUUCCAAAUUUACACAGCUGCAAAACUUAACAAAUUACGCUAGUUAUCGUAGCAGACAAGGAAAAGAACUACUUGCACCGUUUUAUUAUAAAUGUUCAGAUGCUAUGAUUGGAGUCCUGCCCGGUGACGAUCUGUACCCCUCCGAACAGAAUAGUCCAUCAAAUACACUAAACUACUCCAGCAAUCAACUAAAAUGUAUGGCAAAUAAUCUGCAUCGAAUAGUUAGUUUUAAUAUGCACGAAACCGUUAUUCAAAAAAAUUUUUCGUCAAGCAAUAGCCGAUUAGAUAUAUUCGACAAAUCUAAGCUUUAACAAGUAUAUAUUUUUUUGGGCACAUACAUAUAUACAUACUAUAUGUACUAGCGGACCCGACAGACGUUGUCUUGUACACACUUCUUUAAUCCGAAUUUCAAUAAGCUGUAACAAUCUGGACCGUUUUGAUAAAAUUUAUUAUUAAAAAGUUAUUGCAAUGUAGUAUAAUGUACAUAUAUCUGUCAUGUGUAUACUGUAUGAGUGAAAUGAAAUAUAAAAUAAAAUAUGA